AACAGGGUUGGACAGUGAGGAGAUUUCGAGGAUAAAAGUGGAUACAUCAUUUAUUUUUCUAUUGCAGAGCAAGCAUGACUAUUUCCCCCUGCGACAUAUUCUUCCUCAGUGGUUAAUUCCGACUAACGCCGCCCGUGCUAGUAAUGAAGGCUUGUCCUGGUGAGAAAAUCGAGUGUCAAACGGGAAGUGGGCUUCUGCGGUUCUUUGACAGAAAUGGCAGACGAGGCUCUGUUUGAAUUCCUCCACAUGGAGAUCGUAUCGCAUAUUUACAAAGAGCAGCAGUCCACUAAACCGGAGCUGGACAACAAGGACCGAGCCGUGUGUGUUUCAGUCCUGGAGGGCAUGGGCUUCAGGGUGGGUCAAGGACUCAUCGAAAGAUUAACCAGGGACUCACCCAGCUUUAAGGACGAGCUGGACAUCAUGAAGUUUAUCUGUAAAGACUUCUGGACAAAAGUCUUCAGGAGGCAGAUCGACAAUCUCAGGACGAACCAUCAGGGCACCUAUGUUCUGCAGGACAACAAAUUUGCUCUGCUGACUCAGAUUUCCAGUGGAAAACAGUACCUGGAUCAGGCUCCAAAGUACCUUGCUUUUUCCUGUGGUGUGGUGAGAGGAGCUCUCUCGAACCUCGGUCUGGACAGUGUGGUGACAGCAGAGGUCUCUGUCAUGCCCUCGUGUAAAUUUCAGGUGGUCAUCCAGAAGUUGUGACGUGACCCUCGGACUCUGGUCCUGAUGAGCACUGAAACAAGAGAAAGAAGUUCCUGUUUACCAGCCGAGCCUCGCAGAGGGAGUGAGCCAUCAGCCUGAUUCAGAUCGAGUGGUUAAACUGGGAUUCCUCAGACUCUGCUGACCAGCGAGCAGCCCUGACCGGCAGAACCAGGCCGCCACGCCGUCUCUCUUGCUCGGUAUUCUGAUACAACAAAAUGUUUUUAUUGUAGUUUUGGUGAUGAAUAACGUAUAAAGUUCUUGUUUUCAUUUUGAAUAAGUGGAGCCAGACUGCGAUCAACCUCACCUGGCUUUGCUCUGAUAGAAAUCACUGAGCUGGCCAUGGAUACAACUUGAGAAUGUGAAUGUUUAGUCAAUCAUGUGGUCUAUUAUUAUUUUUUUCUUUUUUUUUUAAAUGCGUUGCAAUGUUUAGUUCACAAUACGAUGAGUCUUAGUGCAAAAACAAGAACCAGAACUGAAUAGAUUCUGCUCAUUGUUUCACUUUUUGCUCUGAUCAAUGUUUUUAACAUUGAUAAUGUGAGACGCAGCUUUGGGAGAUCUUUCAGGAAUCAACAUGUCAGGUUCUUUAUUUAACUUUUUCUAUUUCUGUAAACACACAAAGACCUUGUGUCCAGCAGUUGGUGCUUCGUUCUGAAGUCUAACAGUGUUUCCUAAAUUCUGGUGGUAAUGAAACAACAUUUUAAACCUAGAUGAAGUGUUUUCACAGUGUGGAGGAUGUGACACACACACACACACACACACACACACACACACACACACACACACACACACACACACACACACACACACACACACACACACAACAUCCUGAUGUUUAUCACAUGUAGGAGACAGUGUUACUCUCCUGUGCUUAAAGUUUCUCCUCCACUUAUUUCUCAAUAUUUAAAAUGAAAUCAUGCUGGGAAAAGGCAUUUUGAACAAACUCCAGCUCUGAGCAGAAACAUUUCUUUACAGCAUUAUAAAUUAAAAUUAACCACUGAAAAUAGAUCUUGGUUUUUCUCACCAUGGUGUACAUUUGACCUCUUUCGUGCGUCAUUUAUUUAUAUUUAGCUUCAGUUUAUGUUGUAAGACUGAGAUCUUCACUCGAAUUUCUGGUUUACAUUACUUAUCGGGUAGCCGGCAGUGUUUAAAAGUCUCCUCUCCACUGAGACGUAGAGCUGCCAGGCUGUAAAUAUGUGCAGUUUGUGUUAUUUAUUUAGCUUUUCUCACAUCUGAACUGAAAAAAAAGAUUGACAUGAACGCCACAGCUUCUUUGUGCCACUAGAGGGAGACAUAAAGCUGUUACUGGGUUCAUGUCUUGUUUCAAUAGUUUGUAGCAGCUUUACAUUGUUGCCAACUGUGUCUAAUCUACAUUUUCUUUUUACGUUUUUGUGUAACUGUGGUCCCACAGUGCUGUAAGUUAAGGCUGUUUCAUGACUCAAAUCAGCAGCGCAGUUUCUGAAUCUCUUGUGUCUUCAGACACAACCUCUAUUACGGUAGUUGUCAGUAACAAAAGUGAAUUUUCGAUAUAUGGUGGUUCAGGAAAUGAUGGAGUCAUCAUUCAACCCAUUUCGGGGAACUUCCUCAUUUUUUUCCUUCUCGUUUCUUCCAAGGAAAUGACGAGUUAUCAACUGUCACAGAAGACAUGAACCUUUUUUUUUUACAUCGCAAUAAAAUAGGUGCUGUUUGAAUAGAGUUUUCAGAAUCUGAAAAACUGAUGUUUUACCCGUUUUCCUUUAAAAAGCUCCUCUGAUUCCUAUUGAGGGCAGAAUAUGAUAAGCUGACCAUGACACCAAAUCUAUUUCCUUAUUCACUUCAAAUAACCGGGAUUCAGUUUUAUCAAGAAACGUGAAAAGGUUUUUUUAUGGUUCUGUAAAGAACAGAAAUAUGUCAAUAUUCUCCUUACAGUGUCUGUCUUCCUCACGUCACCUCAUCUCUGCUCCAUUACUGUUCCUGAGUGCACUGUGUUUGUGUCUGUUUGUGUGUGUGUGUGUGUGUGUGUUUGUGAGUCAGAGAGGUGUGUGUGUGUGUGUGUGUGGCAGCACGUGGAUGUGGUUCCUCCCGGUUUAGUUUCGGUCUCUGUGCUGAUGCAGCUCUCUUGGUUGAGCUCCAGUGUUUCACUGCCAUCACUGUAAGACGUUUACACAAUAAAGUUAUU